UAAUGAGUUGUGUAAUAGCACUUCCACAUCCUUUGUAUCAAUAUAUCUUUAAUAUCAAUAUAGGGAAUAACAAUAGGUGGCGCAGUAUAAACGCUGUACGGGUAUGGGACCUGUUUUCCAGAUAAGGGAUAUUUAUUUGUAAUUUGGAUUAGCUUUUCUAGCAUUUUGUUGACCUACCCAUCUUUUCUAUUGCAGAACUUAAAAACAUGUUUAGAAGAUUCUUUAAAAGAAUUCGGAAAAUCUUUAGAAGAAAGAAGGUUCAUCCUACAACCUGUAUUGAAACAGAGUCCAGUAGCCCAGAUGUUGCUGCACCCCAGGAGUUUUGUGUAACAGAACAUGUUACACAGGGGAAGGACUUAUUUGUUGAAGAAUUGAAAGUUGAAAAUCUCAUUGAAUCUCCAGUUCAAGUAUUGACCGAUGAGGCAAUAGAAGAGCCCAUCGAGAGUCUGAUUGAUGAACUGAAUGAUGAGAAAGAGGACAAAAAUUCUGUUGCAACUCUAUUAGUGGAUAUGGAGAAAGAACCACAUGCAACAUAUAUAAUAGUGAAAGAAGCUGUGGAAUGUCUAGAUACUUUACAGUAUCCAGAUCCAGAAUGUCCUCAAAGUGCUUCUCCUGCAGAGGUUUUUAUGCAGGACGAGGAAAAUGUAGUUGAAGAUUUCGAGACCCAAGAUAAAAAUGAUGAGAAGGAAAUUGCUGAUUCAGAUUCAGAAGAUGAUAGGUCCAGUCUUCUGGAUUGUUCUUCUGAGUCCAGCGGAGACAGCAUUUCCAGUGGUUCAAGUGAAAUGGAACCACCUAUGAUAAGUGUUACAGUGAGACCAAAAUUACCACGAGUGGAAGAAACUGAGAAACCACCAGAUUCUCCAGAGCCACUAGAUAGCUCAGAAAGAUCACUUGACUCUUCACCAAGAUAUUAUUAUUUGGAAGAUUCACAUGAGUACAAGAGUCAAGGGGAGGACUCCAAUGGUUUGGAUGUACAGACUAAAAGGCAAAGACCAAAGUACUACAUUAAUAGAAUCGAGAAAUCCUCAGAUUCUUCAGAGCGAGCACAUUGCCUUGAAAUGGCAUUACCAGCUAUACAUCAAAGUGAGUUGGCCAGAACUCCUUCCAAAUCUAAAUCAGAAGACUAUAACAUCCUUAGUGUGCUGGGAGAAGGAUCUUUUGGACAGGUGUUUCUGGCAGAGCACAAACAUUCAAAGAAGAAAUUUGCGAUUAAGGCUAUUACAAAGAAUGUAUAUGACGAACAUGCCACUCAAAAGUAAGUAUGGAAGUAAAUAAAAGAAUAUAUUCAUAAAAAACAAAGCAAACAGCAAACAUUCAGUUGAUCACCCAUCUUGGGAUGUUAGUGCUUUA